GAGGCUCUGGGGCCGCAGCUGCUCGGCUGCUGGACUCGCUGCGGCCCUGCGCCUCCGCCCGCCCGGCCGCGCCCCCGGGGGCCAUGGUCGCGGGGCCCUGCGCGGGGGCGGCCCCCAGCGCGGCGCUUCAUGGAGCGGCCCCGGCCUGGCCGCCGGGGGCAGCGCGAUCCCGCGGGGCCCUGUGAGCCCCCAGCGCCACGGCACCAUGUUGCUGGUUGAGAAGACAACCGACUCACCGGCGGCGGAGUUCUCGCUGGUAGAGGACGUGGCGCUGCACUUCGCCUGCUUGAUGGGCCGUCUGAAUGAGCAGCGCCUCUUCCAGCCUGACCUCUGCGACGUGGACCUGGUGCUGGUGCCCCAACGUAGCGUCUUCCCGGCGCACAAGGGCGUGCUGGCCGCCUACAGCCAGUUCUUCCACUCGCUCUUCACCCAGAACAAGCAGCUGCAGCGGGUGGAACUGUCCCUGGAGGCGCUGGCCCCCGGCGGCCUGCAGCAGAUCCUCAACUUUAUCUACACAUCCAAGCUGCUGGUCAACGCGGCCAACGUCCACGAGGUGCUCAGCGCCGCCUCGUUGCUGCAGAUGGCUGACAUCGCUGCGUCCUGCCAGGAGCUGCUGGACGCCCGCUCCCUGGGCCCCCCAGGCCCCACUGCUGUGGCUCUAGCCCAGCCAGCCGCCAGCUGUGCCCCAGCCGCGCCGCCCUACUACUGUGACAUCAAGCAGGAGGCCGACACCCCAGGCCUGCCCAAGAUCUACGCCCGCGAGGGGCCUGACCCCUACUCUGUGCGUGUUGAGGACGGGGCAGGGACUGCAGGUGGCACAGUGCCUGCCACCCUUGGGCCAGCUCAGCCCUUCUUCAAGGAGGAGAAGGAGGGCGGUACGGAGGAGGCUGGUGGGCCCCCGGCCAGCUUGUGCAAGCUGGAGGGUGGGGAGGAGCUGGAGGAAGAGCUGGGCGGUUCCGGCACCUACAGUCGCCAGGAGCAGUCUCAGAUCAUCGUGGAGGUCAACCUCAACAACCAGACGCUGCACGUGUCCACGACGCCCGAGGGGAAGCCGGGCGCUGCCACGGGCCCUGCCACCAUGGUGCUGGGCCGGGAGGACGGGCUGCAGAGACACUCGGAGGACGAGGAGGAUGAGGAGGACGAGGAGGAAGAGGAGGAGGAAGAAGAGGAGGGUGGUGGCAGUGGAGGGGAGGAGGAGGAGGAAGAGGAAGGUGGCAGUCAGGGAGAGGAGGAUGAGGAGGAGGAAGGGCACAGCGAACAGGAGGAGGACGAGGAGGAGGAGGAAGAAGGACACAGUGACCAGGAUCAAGAGAGCUCAGAGGAGGAGGAGGAGGAAGAGGAGGAGGGGGAGGCGGGAGCCAGGCAGGGGCCAGCGGGGCGCAGGGGCAGCCGGGCAGAGCCCCCUCCCCACAGUCGCAUGGCCACACGGUCCCGGGAGAACGCCCGGCGUCGGGCACCCCCUGAGCCUGAGGAGGCCGCGCAGCGUGGUGGGAAGAGGCCAAAGCAGCCCUCCGGAGCGGCCCCGGCGCCGGCUCGAGGGCCACAGGCCCCUGAUGGCUUGGGGGCCAAGGUGAAGCUGGAGGAGAAGCAGCACCACCCGUGCCAGAAGUGCCCGCGCGUUUUCAACAACCGCUGGUACCUGGAGAAACACAUGAACGUGACCCACAGCCGCAUGCAGAUCUGUGACCAGUGCGGCAAGCGCUUCCUGCUGGAGAGUGAGCUGCUGCUGCACCGGCAGACAGACUGUGAGCGCAACAUCCAGUGCGUGACGUGCGGCAAAGCCUUUAAGAAGCUGUGGUCCCUGCAUGAACACAACAAGAUCGUGCAUGGCUACGCGGAAAAGAAGUUCUCGUGUGAGAUCUGCGAGAAGAAGUUCUACACCAUGGCCCACGUGCGCAAGCACAUGGUGGCUCACACCAAGGACAUGCCCUUCACCUGCGAGACCUGCGGCAAGUCCUUCAAACGCAGCAUGUCCCUCAAGGUGCACUCGCUGCAGCACUCCGGGGAGAAGCCCUUCCGAUGCGAGAACUGCAACGAGCGCUUCCAGUACAAGUACCAGCUGCGGUCGCACAUGAGCAUCCACAUUGGCCACAAGCAGUUCAUGUGCCAGUGGUGUGGCAAGGACUUCAACAUGAAGCAGUACUUUGAUGAGCACAUGAAGACCCACACAGGGGAGAAGCCGUACAUCUGCGAGAUCUGCGGCAAGAGCUUCACCAGCCGGCCCAACAUGAAGCGGCACCGGCGCACCCACACAGGCGAGAAGCCUUACCCCUGCGACGUCUGCGGCCAGCGCUUCCGCUUCUCAAACAUGCUCAAGGCCCACAAGGAGAAAUGCUUCCGCGUCAGCCACCCGCUGGCCGGCGACGGCCCCCCCUCUGCGCCAGGCCUGCCCCCUGCCCCGCCUCAGGCUCCCACCCUGCCCCUGCUCCCAGGGAUGCCCCAGACCCUGCCCCCCGCGCCCCACCUGCCCGCCCCACCUCCACUCUUCCCUACCACUGCCAACAGCGGCGGGCGAAUGAACGCCAACAACUAACCCUGCCCUGCGCCUGCAGGACCUGGAGCCCAGCGCCGACUGGGAGCACCCCAUGGUCCUCCCCGCCUUGGGGGAGGGCACACCUGCCUGGCACCGUUCCCCCCACCCCCAGAGGUGGCUGGACACGCUCUGCUUGAGGCCCCUGCCCCUAGCAGGGGUGCAGGCUGGUGGCGCCCCAGAUCUGGUGGAGGACACCUCACUCCCAAGUGCUCCCUUUCAGUGACUCCUUGAAGCCUUUCCUUUUUUUCUUUUUUUGAAAGCGAAGGAAAAAGAAGAGAGGAAACUAUUUGCAGUACCCCCCUCCAGGUGAGGGGGGCGCUGGAGGCAGCGGGCACAGUGGAAGGGGUGGUCUGGAGGGCAGGUGUAUGACUCUCGCUCUGCCGAGGCCUGAGCUGGAGGGGCCGUCCAGGUGGAGCCCGGCCGGCCUCAGCCGCUCAGCCCUGCCUCCCCUGUGCCCUGUACCUUGCCCCCUUGUCCUGGAGGGUUUGGGGAGAACUUGGGAUGCCAGCCCCCCUGGAGCAGUUGUGGACUCGGUCUGAGGACUGUGCACAGCGAAUAGGGGCCUGAGUCUGCAUGCCCGUGAGCGUGGUGGGUGGGGAGUGGCCAGGCGUGAAGACUUCAGACCCAGCUCUGCACCGUGUGGAGUGGGGCAGGCAGGGGCUGGACCCCAGGCGUUUGCUUUCCCCACCCUUCACCCUGCCAGCAGGGGUCCCUGACCCACACCAGGCCGCACCGAGAUCAGCCCAUCAGCCUGGGCCUUGGGGGGCUGUGGGCAGGUCCUGGCUGGGCAGGUGGGUCGGCUCCCGCAGCACCAGCUCCCAGGAGCCCCUGCAAAUGAGUGGACUGCAGGGGAAGGGCUGUAGGAGGAGGCUCAGGCACGUGAUUGGAGGUUUCAAGGUGCUAUCAGUGGGGCAGCCGGCGGGGCUCCCACGCACAGAGCACCCCGCCCCUCGCUGCUGCCCUGGCCGUGUCUCCCACGCUAGAGGAGAUGUGUAUGUCUGCGUCUGUCCCCGCUCCCCGAAGACGAUGCCAGGCCUCGUGCUCUCCUAGGCCCUGCCACAACCUGCCCCUGGCUAGCAUCCAGCGUCCUUGUCCCUCCUGGGCCCCUGCGCCGGUGGCGGGGUGCCUGUGGCAUUGUUGGUGAAAGGACCUGCACGUUCCCGGGGGCAAGGCAGGGUCCGGGGUGGGGGGAGCCCCUCCCCGUGCCCACUGCUUGCCCCCGGAGGCCGGCACUAACAGGUCACCCUUUUUGGUUGUCAUUUAACAUCUUUAUUCCUGCCUUUUAAAUGGGGAGGAAGGUUCCAUAAGCUACAUGUUUCCUAGUUAAGCUCUUUCCUAUUGUGUUUAUGCGGUUAUGUUUGUUAUACUCUUUGCACCUUAAACCCCCACGACUACGCCCACACCACCACCUUCCCAGCACAACUGGAGUGGGAAGAGGCCUGAGCCCCAGGGGGACCACGGGGGGCUGGGCCCCAUCAGCCUACAGGCUGAAGGGGUCGGAACCCCUCUGACCUCUUUGUGAGACCCAUGGCGCUGGGGCAGGGAACUGGGCACAUUUUAAUCAUCAAUAAACGAAGCACUUUAUUCUGUACAGACGUGGGCAGGCCCGAGGAGCCCGAGUGAUUUGAGGGUCUGUGAUCCCAGCCGCACAGGCUGCUUGCUGCCUGGGCACGGAGCGGGCAGCGCCCCGGCCUGCUUGAGUUGGGGCUGCCUCUGCCUCAGGAGCAGGCCGGGCCAGCGCCUGCGGACACACCCUCGGGGCCCCUGCUGUCCUCGGGGGCCUGAAAGCGGGCCCUCCCUGAGGGGAAGGCUUCCCGUCUGGCGCCCAGCUCUGCGGCUCCCCGUCCCCAGCCUGGGCCUCCUCGGCCCCUGCUUUACUGAAGCUCUUUCCCUCUCCUGUACCCCUUAUCUCUGGGCUUCCAUGACGUCCUCAGGGUCCCCCCUCCCCGCUCCCCAACGCUUGCUCUUUCUAACCUCUGGUCCCAGUGCCUGGCAGCUCCCCCGAGCUGGCUCACAUUCCCCCCCACCUGAAAGUUGAUCUUCCCCAGCGGGCUCUAGGCCGGGACCCCUGUGGGUUCCCAACCCCUUGUCACUCACACCAGGGUCUACCGUACAGGCUGGUGGCCUUGACACCUGCUAGCCCCACUGCAGCCUUAGCAAGCCUGGGGGCCCUGGCCAGGCCAGACUUGGACAAGCAGAGGCCAGAGGUGGGUGUGGAGGAGCCGGUAGUGAAACCGUGUCCCAAGGCUGGGGGUCCCUAUCCUUUUAUAUCUUCCCUCUGAUGGCAGGAGAGGGGUCCGGGCAGCAGACUGGGCUCUGGUCAAAAUGGUCAUGUAGCCGUGUAGGUAGGCACAGCCGAGCCCGCUCCCGGAGGCCCUGUCCCCUCGGGGCGGGAGCCCUGUGUCCCUGGUGCUAAAUGCUCUCCCCCUUGGGCCACGGUGGGAGGGAACUCCUUUCCAGCCAGACCACAAGGGCCUGAAGCAAUAAGGGAACCUCAGCAGCACCAGUACGAUGGGGUUCUUGUUUUACCAGCUUUUCCAUUUCCUUUUUAUUUUAACAACCAAUUAACAAGCACCCGGAUAUUGGACCGAAGGGACUGGGCUUUACACCCACCCCCAGGGCUGGCUGCAGGGGUGGGGUGGGUGCUCAGGCUCGUCCCCUCCCCCUGGGGUUUGGCUGUGAGGAGGCCCCUCUGUGCAGUGGGAUUCUCAACCCAUGUGGCCAGACCUCAGGUCUGGCACCUGGGCCGGUCCCUGCCCCGGCUCCUCUGGGGCUCCCUGGCCUUGGGCCAGGUCGGGGGAGUGGCCAGGGGGGUGAGGUGACCCGUUGCAAGCCCCGUGACCACAGCUGUGGGACCCGGGGCUGGUCUCAGAGCCCGAGCCUCCGGCGCUGGCAUGUGCUGCCACAGUGCCCCUCACAGAGGUGGUAGAAUGGCUGUGCCCGGGCCUGGGGACCCCUGGUCAUGUGUGACCGUCCCACAGCCACAGAGUACGUGGGGGACAGCAGGCAGGCGAGUGAGAGGAGCGAGGGGAAUAAAGUCCAUACAACUGUUCCUUGGCCCAGCCUCUUUUAUUUCUUUAAAGAAAAAAUUUCUUUUUAUCCUCACCCGAGGACAUAUUUAUUGUUUGAGAGAGAGAGGAACGGGGAGCAGGAAACACCAAUUCGUUGCCUCCCAAACACACCCCUGGCCGGGAUCAAACCCACAGCCUCGGUAAGCGCCCUGACUGGGAAUCAAACCUGCAGACUUCUUGGUUUAUGGGACGGUGCCCUCACCAACCGAGCCACCUGGCCAGGGCUGCCCAGCCUCUUCUUCAUGUGUUGAUUGCCCAGACUAUUGCUCAGAAAGACUUGGACCAGGGCAAGGAGUGCGACGGCUCGGCCGCAGACCUCAUGGACAGCGUGCCCUGGACCCCAUCUCCCUCCCGUUAGGGUGGGCUAGACUUCGGGGAACGCCCAGAGUCAGGAGCUGAGGCAAGAGCAGAGGCACACCCCCAGAUUGAUGCUGGGGCUUGGGCGGGUGCAGACUGGGCUGGAAAGAGGAGAGGUCCUGGGGCCAGUGGCCGGAGGCCCCGGAGGCGGUGCCACAGGAGGUCAGGGCCUCUGCAGGUGUGGUUUCCAGGACCCCCAGGGGUGUGGCCGCAGGAGCCCCUCCUGCUCAUGCUCAGCACUGGGGGACACUGCGAUGGCCAGUGUGGACUCAUCCCUUCAUGGGCAGGUGAGACCGAAGGGGCCAGGUAUGGGAGAUGCUGUCAUGGGUGCCUGGGAGGACGGAUGCUCACGUGGGAGACAGGUAGUGCCCUCUGAGGGGGAGCUUGUGGCUCCCCUGGGCCCUCUGAGCACUGGCUCCAUACCCGGUGGUUUCUAGGC